AAAGACCCAAAGGCGGCAGAGCCGGUGCAGGAGAGGCCGAGGGCCCAGCAAGAGAAUCCACGCGGCUGUGAGGGUAAAUAAAGGGGGGUGUCGCUCCCGCCCAAUCCCCUCUGCACCCCUAGAGACUCCUGCCUCUCAGGGGCCUCCGUAGUGAAGCGCUGAGUCACGCUCAACAGCAGAACCUUCUCGACUGUGGCAUGGGGUCCUCCAAGAAGGUCACGCUGUCAGUGCUCAGUCGGGAACAGUCAGAAGGGGUUGGAGCACGGGUUCGCAGAAGCAUUGGCCGACCCGAGUUAAAAAACCUGGAUCCAUUUUUACUGUUUGAUGAAUUUAAAGGUGGGAGACCAGGUGGAUUUCCUGAUCACCCACAUCGAGGUUUUGAAACAGUAUCCUACCUUCUGGAAGGGGGGAGUAUGGCCCACGAAGACUUCUGUGGGCACGUUGGUAAAAUGAACCCAGGAGACCUACAGUGGAUGACUGCAGGCCGGGGCAUUCUACAUGCAGAAAUGCCUUGUUCAGAGGAGCCAGCCCAUGGCUUACAACUGUGGGUUAAUUUGAGAAGAUCAGAGAAGAUGGUGGAGCCCCAAUACCAGGAAUUAAAGAGUGAAGAAAUCCCUAAGCCUAGUAAGGAUGGUGUAACGAUUGCUGUCAUUUCUGGAGAAGCUCUGGGGGUAAAGUCUAAGGUUUACACUCGCACACCAACCUUGUAUUUGGACUUCAAAUUGGACCAAGGAGCAAAACAUUCCCAACCCAUUCCUAAAGGGUGGACAAGCUUCAUUUAUACCAUAUCAGGAGAUGUGUAUAUUGGGCCUGAUGAUGCACAACAAAAAAUAGAACCUCAUCACACAGCAGUUCUUGGAGAAGGUGACAAUGUCCAGGUGGAGAACAAGGAUCCAGAGAGAUGCCACUUCGUUUUAAUUGCUGGGGAGCCAUUAAGAGAACCAGUUGUCCAACAUGGUCCAUUUGUGAUGAACACCAAUGAAGAAAUUUCUGAGGCCAUUCUUGAUUUCAGAAAUGCAAAAAAUGGGUUUGAAAAAGCCAAAACCUGGAAAUCAAAGAUUGGAAACUAGUGAAGGGCAC